GGACCUGAGGCGCAUGCGCGGUCGCAAAGGCGGAGCUUCCGGCCGACGGAGGCGGGGCCUGGGGCACGGUGAGGGGCGGAACCCAGGCCGCGACCCCCACCCGGGCGCACCGUAAUGGCCAGGCACGUGUUCCUGACGGGGCCCCCAGGAGUUGGAAAAACAACACUGAUCCAGCAAGCCAGUGAGGUUUUAAAAUCCUCUGGUGUGCCUGUCGAUGGAUUUUACACAGCAGAAGUCAGACAGGGAGGGAGAAGAAUAGGAUUUGAUGUUGUCACAUUAUCCGGCAUGCGGGGAGUUUUGUCUAGAAUUGGGUCAGAGCCUCCGCCCGGAAAACGUGAAUGCCGGGUUGGGCAGUAUGUGGUGGAUCUGACUUCCUUCGAGCACUUGGCACUUCCGGUCCUGAGGAAUGCAGGUUCCAGCAGUAGCCCAGGGCAGAGAGUGUGUGUCAUCGAUGAGAUUGGGAAGAUGGAGCUCUUCAGUCAGCCUUUCAUCCAGGCCGUUCGUCAGACGCUGUGCACCCCAGGGACUGUAGUCCUGGGCACGAUCCCGAUACCUAAGGGAAAACCGCUGGCCCUCGUGGAGGAAAUCAGAAACAGAAAGGACAUUCAGGUGUUCAGUGUAUAGCUGAAAACCUUGGACAUUACAUAUAAAACAAACAUAAGGAGGCCUGAAGGGUGGAAAGAAGGCAGCACACCGGCUCGGAGGCUCAGCCAGGGGACAACACAACAGACACAACUGAAAAUCUCUUGUCCUACCAGGAACCAGGAGAAGCAACUUAAUUGAAACAAACAUCAACAUGUGCCAACAGCAAGAUGACGGAUAUGUUGGAAUUAUAGGGCAGAGACUUUAAAACAGCUGUGACGAAAAUGCUUCAGUGAUCAAUUGCAAACACACUGGAAACAAAUGAAAAAUAGAGUGUCCAUUUUAGCAAAGAUAUGAAGAUAUAAAGAAGAAUCAAACAAAAAUUUUAGAACUGUAACAUAUAAUAACUGAAUGAGAAAGUCUCUGGAAGGAGUCCCCAGGAGAAUGGAGACAACAAAGGAAAGAAUCGGUAAACUUGAAGGUAGAACAAUAGAAAUUGCCCAACAAAAAGCAGACUUUGGGGGGCGGGGUGGACAGAGCUCAGGGACUUGCGGUACUAUAAUAAAAGAUCUAACAUUCAUGUCAUUGGAGGAUGGUCUUGAUAAUUUAGAAACUUCUAUCAUGGUGCGGGUAUGAGUAUUGACAGUCACAUUCCUGAAAAUUUUUCUCUUUCGAAAGUUUGGUUAAUUUUUUUUGUCAUGUCUUGUAGAAUUUACUGGUCACUACGUGUGGCUGCUGAAAAAUGUUUUCAAUUUAUUUCACAUUUGCUUGUUUGAGCGUAGUAUGUUUAAUGCUGUAGAGGCAAGAGAUAAAGACCUUCAUGGAUCAAGAUUACUAGAAAGAGCUGUGUGCACUGUUUCCCUGGUUCUGUAGCAACAUGAAGAAAAUAUCCCUGCUGGUCACUUCCUACCUCACGCAUGCGCGCGUGCGCAUGUGAACACACAUACAUAUGAGUUUCGUGGUCAUAGUGGCAUUUAGAAAGCAUAUUUCAUUUGAUUUCCUUUGAAAUAUCUGCUUGAUGGGAAUGCUGGUGAAUGUUAUCUGCCGAGGGCACAGAAGAGACAGCUGGAGACUGGAGUGUUGACUUCAAUGCCAGUGUGGCCACCAGGCACUGAGCACCUGGACUGAGGUGCUGUGCUCAGUCCUGUAGAUCACCAGGGCUUGUAGACGUCACAGUACCUGCUGAGCUAUAUCAUGUCAUCUUCAUUUUAUCAGUGAGAGGCUGCAUAGCGUACCCAGGGUCAUCGGCCAGGAGGUGUCACGGCUAGGUUUCAAACUUCCAACUGUCUGCCUACGAAGCCUGAGCGUUAGCACAAUCCUGCUGUACGGUUUCCUUCGGUGAUAGGGAUGAUUCAGAUGAUUUUGUGAACAAAAAUCUCAGAUUCCUAGAAAUUAUUUGGUUUUUCUACUUUAUGUAAUGUUACUACAACUAAAAUCUACUCCACUGUCCUGAAUUCAGAGUCCUUUAUACUUGUUUUUUUUCCCAAAAAGCAGUUUUUAUGCUUUUAAUUUUUGUGCAUUGCAAGAUCACAAGAGUAACAGGAGCUAGGUCCCGAUUUCCUUCCAGUUUGGGAAUUCUUAGACCUCUGCUUACUCAUUCCUGCCAUGGGUUUUUUCAUCAAGCAGGGCAUAAAGCAUUUUUAUCUCACCAGGAAUUCGAUGCUGUCUUCUGGGUCCCUGGACUCCUGUAGAUACAGGAGUGAGAGAAGGUCUGUUAAGCGCUGGUUCAAAAGCCAGUAGGCAGGAUGUUUCUAGAAACUGACAAGCAAGCUGAUCCUAAAAUUCAUGUGGAGAUGCAAAGGACCCAACUGAAACAAUCUUGGGAAAGAACAGUGUUGGAAGACUCCUACCUACUUCCCGACUUCAGAACUCAUUACAAAGCUACAGUGGUCGAGACUGCAUAGUACUGGCCGAAGGUUAGACACAGGUGGAAAAGAACUGAAAGUCCCGAAAUAAACCCUUACAUCUAAGAUCAGUUGAUUUUCGACAAGUGUGCCAGGACAACUUAAUGAGGAAAGAAUAGUUUUUUAGUAAAUGGUGUUGGGAAACUGGGUAUCGACAUGCAAAAGAGGGAAGCUGGACCCUUACAUUGUUCAUAUACCAGAAUUAACUCAAAGUAGAUCCUAGGCCUAAAUUUAAGAGCUAAACUCUACAGCUCCUUUUUUUUUUUUUUUAUCUCUUUGAGAGAGACAGAGAGCGUGUGUGUGCAGGGAGGGGCAGAGGGAGAGAAGCAGACUCCACUAAACUCUACAACUCUUAGAAGAAAAUACAGGAGUAAAUCUUUGUAAACUUGGGUCAGGCAAAGUCUUACUUGAUACAACACGAAAGUAAUUCUUGGUUUGGAAACUUUAACCUUCACGGAAAAAAUAGAGCUAGAGGGAUUGGAUUCAGGAAUAAUCCUAUUUUUAGGUUCAAUAAAGACACAACAUGAAACAGGUUAGUAAUAACUUUUGAUAUGUGUUAACUUAUAACGAGCAUUGUCCAAUUUCUUUCCGUAAUCCAGUGCUUAUUAGGAACUUGUCAGGGUCCUUCUCACAGUUUCAAGGAAAAUAUGUGGUUUCAUUUUGCUUUCUUGCAUGUAGUAUGUCUAGACCCUUAGGGGCAUUUUUUCCUGCCUGUUCCUGUGUCCAGAUAGUCACAGCUUCCCUGAUGUCCUGGUGCCCGGGUUGUUGACUGGGACCUCUCAGGCCCUCCCGUAGCCUCUGCAGGCAGCACAGAGCAGGUUGGAUGCUUGAGAUGGUCAGCGUCUUCAUAAUCUUUUACCACUCAGCUAUAUUUCAAAGACCCUCCUCAGCUUAGAAUUCAAUAAACAUUUACUGGGCACCGCCUGUGUACCAGACACAGGGUGAAUGAGAU